CGCCGCUGCGGCACGGCGGCUUCUCGCGGCGCCGAGUGCGCGCACCUCCCGGGCGGGUUCGGGCCCCGAGCGCGAGAGCGCGGCGGGGAGCGUCAGAUAAAGAGAUGAGAUGGCAGAGGCUUUUUCUCUGGCCCAGCAGACAGUUCAGGAUCCAGAACUCAAGGAUGAAUGUUCACCGCGGCAGCGAGAGCGACAGGGCACUGCGGCAGGAGGCCAGCUGCCCAAGCGAUGACCCCACAGCUGUGGCCCAGGAGAGAGAAACAAAUAGCUUGGCUGCUUCUGCUCUUCAGAGUCUCACUUACCCUCUAGGGCCCAGGAGCGAUGACCUUUCACUUGACUAUGCCUCUCAGCCAGCAAAUCUUCAGUUCCCUCACAUAAUGCCACUUCCCGAGGACAUCAAAGGCUCCUGCUUCCAAAAUGGGAAUAAACGGAACCAUGAAUCCUUUAUGGCUCCAGAACGAUUUGGAAACAGCACUGUGGGCUUUGGCAGUAACGUUCAUUCCCAGGCACCAGAGAAAGUGACACUUCUUGUAGAUGGCACACGUUUUGUUGUGAAUCCACAAAUUUUCACUGCUCAUCCGGAUACCAUGUUGGGAAGAAUGUUUGGACCAGGAAGAGAGUACAAUUUCACCCGGCCCAACGAGAAGGGAGAGUAUGAGAUUGCCGAAGGAAUCAGUGCAACUGUAUUUCGAACAGUGCUGGAUUAUUACAAAACUGGGAUCAUCAAUUGUCCUGAUGGCAUCACUAUUCCAGACCUUAGAGAUACAUGCGAUUAUCUCUGCAUUAACUUUGACUUCAACACUAUCCGAUGUCAAGAUCUGAGUGCUUUGCUGCAUGAACUGUCUAACGAUGGUGCUCACAAGCAGUUUGACCACUACCUCGAAGAGCUGAUCUUGCCCAUCAUGGUGGGCUGUGCCAAGAAAGGGGAGCGAGAGUGCCACAUCGUUGUGCUGACGGAUGAGGAUUCUGUGGAAUGGGAUGAAGACCACCCCCCUCCCAUGGGGGAGGAAUAUUCCCAAAUUCUUUAUAGCUCCAAGCUUUAUAGAUUCUUCAAAUACAUUGAGAAUCGUGAUGUCGCUAAAACAGUGUUAAAGGAGCGAGGCCUGAAAAAUAUUCGCAUUGGAAUUGAAGGUUAUCCUACCUGCAAAGAAAAAAUUAAGAGAAGGCCCGGUGGCCGCUCUGAAGUAAUCUAUAACUAUGUGCAGCGCCCCUUUAUCCAGAUGUCCUGGGAAAAGGAAGAAGGGAAGAGUCGCCAUGUGGAUUUCCAGUGUGUCCGAAGCAAAUCCCUCACUAAUCUGGUAGCUGCUGGAGAAGAUGUCUUAGAGGACCAGGAGAUAUUAAUGCACCACCCACCUCAAGUGGAUGAACUUGACCGGCUAAAUGCCCCACUUUCUCAGAUGGCAUCUAGCGACUUUCAGGAUUAGGGCCAGCUGUGGACUGUGCCUCUCCGGAGCCCUUCUCUGUCUGGGAUGCCCACAGCCAGUCCUUCCCGUGGUUUGUCUCCCCCUGAGUGUCAGGAGCCCUGCUUCUCCAUCCUUUCCCUUUCUCCCACAAUUAGCGUGUGUCCUUGUCAUUACUGAAAAGUCUGUGCCUCCAGCAAGGGAUAAAAAAGCACUG